AUGCAGAAGGGGAUCCGGCUGAACGAUGGCCACGUCGCGUCCCUGGGACUGCUGGCGCGCAAGGACGGCACGCGCAAAGGCUACCUGAGCAAGCGGAGUUCGGACAACACAAAAUGGCAAACCAAGUGGUUCGCGCUGCUGCAGAACCUGCUCUUCUACUUCGAGAGCGACUCGAGCUCGCGGCCCUCGGGGCUCUACCUGCUGGAGGGCUGCGUCUGCGACCGCGCGCCCUCCCCCAAGCCUACGCUCUCGGCCAAGGAGCCGCUGGAGAAACAGCAUUAUUUCACAGUCAACUUCAGCCAUGAGAACCAGAAAGCCUUGGAGCUGAGGACGGAGGACGCCAAGGAUUGUGACGAGUGGGUGGCAGCCAUCGCUCAUGCCAGCUACCGGACCCUGGCCACGGAGCACGAAGCUCUGAUGCAGAAGUACUUGCACCUGCUGCAGAUCGUGGAGACCGAGAAGACAGUGGCUAAGCAGCUACGGCAGCAGAUCGAGGAUGGGGAGAUUGAGAUCGAGCGGCUCAAGGCAGAGAUCGCGUCCCUGCUCAAGGACAAUGAGCGCAUCCAGUCCACCCAGACCAUCACCCCCAACGACGAAGACAGCGAUAUUAAGAAAAUUAAGAAGGUGCAGAGCUUCCUGCGGGGCUGGCUGUGCCGGCGCAAGUGGAAGACCAUCAUCCAGGACUACAUCCGCUCGCCCCACGCCGACAGCAUGCGGAAGCGGAACCAGGUGGUGUUCAGCAUGCUGGAGGCCGAGGCCGAGUACGUGCAGCAGCUGCACAUCCUCGUCAACAACUUCCUGCGCCCGCUGCGGAUGGCCGCCAGCUCCAAGAAGCCCCCCAUCACGCAUGACGAUGUCAGCAGCAUCUUCCUGAACAGCGAGACCAUCAUGUUUUUGCACCAGAUCUUUUACCAAGGCCUGAAGGCCCGCAUCUCCAGCUGGCCCACUCUGGUCCUGGCCGACCUGUUCGACAUCCUGCUGCCCAUGCUCAACAUCUACCAGGAGUUCGUGCGCAACCACCAGUACAGCCUGCAGAUCCUGGCCCACUGCAAGCAGAACCGCGACUUCGACAAGCUGCUGAAGCACUAUGAGGCCAAGCCCGACUGCGAGGAGAGGACGCUGGAGACCUUCCUCACCUACCCCAUGUUCCAGAUCCCCAGGUACAUCCUGACACUUCACGAGCUCCUGGCCCACACCCCUCACGAGCACGUGGAGCGCAACAGCCUGGACUACGCCAAGUCCAAACUGGAGGAGCUGUCCAGGAUAAUGCAUGAUGAGGUAAGCGAGACAGAGAACAUCCGAAAGAACCUGGCCAUCGAGCGCAUGAUCAUCGAAGGCUGCGAGAUCCUCCUGGACACCAGCCAGACCUUUGUGAGGCAAGGAUCCCUCAUCCAGGUGCCCAUGUCCGAAAAGGGCAAAAUCACCAGGGGACGCCUGGGGUCUCUGUCCCUAAAGAAAGAGGGCGAGCGACAGUGCUUCCUGUUUUCUAAGCAUCUGAUCAUCUGCACCAGAGGCUCCGGCGGGAAGCUCCACCUGACCAAGAAUGGAGUCAUAUCCCUCAUUGACUGCACCUUAUUGGAGGACCCAGAAAGCACGGAGGAGGAAGCCAAAGGAUCCGGCCAAGACAUAGAUCACUUGGAUUUUAAGAUCGGGGUGGAGCCAAAGGAUUCCCCACCCUUCACGGUCAUCCUCGUGGCCUCAUCCAGACAGGAGAAGGCGGCGUGGACCAGUGACAUCAGCCAGUGUGUGGAUAACAUCCGGUGCAAUGGGCUCAUGAUGAACGCGUUCGAGGAGAACUCCAAGGUCACGGUGCCGCAGAUGAUCAAGUCCGACGCCUCCUUAUAUUGUGAUGACGUAGACAUUCGCUUCAGCAAAACCAUGAACUCCUGCAAAGUGCUGCAGAUCCGGUACGCCAGCGUGGAGCGGCUACUGGAGAGGCUGACGGACCUGCGAUUCCUGAGCAUCGACUUCCUCAACACCUUCCUGCACUCCUACCGCGUCUUCACCACCGCCAUCGUGGUCCUGGACAAGCUCAUCACCAUCUACAGGAAGCCCAUCAGCGCCAUCCCCGCCAGGUCACUGGAGCUCUUGUUCGCCAGUGGCCAGAACAACAAGCUCCUGUACGGCGACCCCCCCAAGUCCCCCCGCGCCACCCGCAAGUUCUCCUCACCUCCUCCCCUGUCCAUCACCAAGACGUCGUCGCCCAGUCGCAGGCGGAAGCUCUCCCUGAACAUCCCCAUCAUCACAGGCGGCAAGGCCCUGGACCUGGCAGCCCUCAGCUGCAACUCCAACGGCUACACCAGCAUGUACUCGGCCAUGUCGCCCUUCAGCAAGGCCACACUGGACACCAGCAAGCUCUAUGUGUCCAGCAGCUUUGCCAGCAAGAUUCCAGAUGAGGCCGAUACAGCCCCUGAGAAGCCCGAAGAGCCCUCAGCUCUCAGCAAGCAGAGCUCAGAAGUCUCCAUGAGGGAAGAGUCGGAUAAUGACCAAAACCAGAGUGACGAGGGCGAUGCCGAGACAUCCCCCACCAAGUCUCCGACGACACCAAAAUCUGUCAAAAGCAAAAAUUCCUCAGAGUUCCCGCUCUUUUCCUACAAUAAUGGAGUCGUCAUGACCUCCUGCCGUGAGCUGGACAGCAACCGCAGCGCCCUGUCAGCGGCCUCCGCCUUUGCCAUAGCAACUGCGGGCGCCAACGAGGGCACCCCAAACAAGGAGAAGUACCGGAGGAUGUCCCUGGCCAGCGCAGGGUUUCCCCCCGACCAGAGGAACGGAGACAAGGAGUUUGUGAUUCGCAGAGCGGCCACCAACCGCGUCCUGAACGUGCUCCGCCACUGGGUCUCCAAGCACUCUCAGGACUUCGAGACCAACGAUGAGCUCAAAUGCAAGGUGAUCAGCUUCCUGGAGGAGGUCAUGCACGACCCAGAGCUCCUGACCCAGGAACGGAAGGCAGCAGCCAACAUCAUCAGGACUCUGACCCAGGACGACCCGGGCGACAACCAGAUCACGCUGGAGGAGAUCACGCAGCUGGCUGAAGGCGUGAAGGCCGAGCCCUUUGAAUACCACUCCGCCCUGGAGAUCGCCGAGCAGCUGACCCUGCUGGACCACCUCGUCUUCAAGAAGAUCCCUUAUGAGGAGUUCUUCGGACAAGGCUGGAUGAAACUGGAGAAGAAUGAAAGGACCCCUUAUAUCAUGAAGACCACUAAGCAUUUCAAUGAUAUCAGUAACUUGAUUGCUUCCGAAAUCAUUCGCAAUGAAGACAUCAACGCGAGGGUGAGCGCCAUUGAGAAGUGGGUGGCUGUGGCUGACAUAUGCCGCUGCUUACACAACUACAAUGCUGUUCUGGAGAUCACCUCAUCCAUGAAUCGGAGCGCAAUCUUCCGACUGAAAAAGACAUGGCUCAAAGUCUCUAAGCAGACAAAAGCUUUGAUUGAUAAGCUCCAAAAGCUUGUGUCAUCAGAGGGCAGAUUUAAGAAUCUGAGAGAAGCUCUGAAAAAUUGUGACCCACCCUGUGUCCCUUACCUGGGGAUGUACCUCACUGACCUGGCCUUCAUCGAAGAGGGGACGCCCAACUACACGGAAGACGGCCUGGUCAACUUCUCCAAGAUGAGAAUGAUAUCCCAUAUUAUCCGAGAGAUUCGCCAGUUCCAACAAACUGCCUACAAAAUAGAGCACCAAGCAAAGAAAUAUCCAGCUCCAGACACACCCUCAGGCUCACCCAAAAAUCAAGCUCGUAUUAUGUCUCCCUUCUGUGUUCCUUUGUGAGAGAUUUGCCCUGCUCCCUGCCACGUUCUGUGGACUCACAGUCUGUCUAGUAGCUGAUAACCACAGCAGAGAAGAAGAAUCAGUGGGUUGGCCAGCUGUGCCACUUUUCCUUGCUCUUCCUUUACGCUCCCAGCAAGUAUUCACUGAGCACUUACUGUGUGCCAGGCACUGCAUCAGGCCUUGGCCCUUUUCUUAAAUUCUCCCUCGAGCUGCCAUGUGCAAUACAAACAAGUGUUACUGCCUUUCAGACACCUUUCCUUGACAGCUUUGCAGUGGUGGUAUCUGCUGCCAGUCUCCCAUUAAAGCAAAACUUUUUAGGGGGGAAAAAUUGCUCAUUACAGAGGAAACUAACUAGUCUGGUGAUCCCCAGAGAGUUUGGGAGGGUAGAGAUUUUGUGCUCUGGAAAGGGCUGUUCACUUGAAGCUACUAGCUAGAUAUAAAAGACAAAUUUAUUUCACUUGGCUGUAAAAUCGCCACGCCUUUGUCAGUGGGUACGGGCUAAUCUAAACUGUGGCAUCUGAGGUCAUCUUCCUGGAGGUGCUGGGUGGGAGCCAUUAACCAGAUGUAAUCAUCAUUUCAUCUGUGACUAAUGGUCAGCAUCCCAGACAGCUGGUUCUGUCCUGCACGGUAGCAGAGGGUCAAUUAGCAAAGACACAUGCAACAAAGACUUGAUUUUUCUCAAGCAUCUAUCAGAAGAUUUCCAAAUACGUAAUAAGAAAUACAACUUUUUUUCUUUCUUCUGCUCUGGGUUUCUGUGGGGCAAGACAAAAACAGACCUUCAGUUUCAAACCACUGAGAAGUCAGUGAACAUUGGAAAGGGUCUUUUUGAAGGGGGGAGGGGGGAGCUGCCGGUGAGGUUUGGGCUCUGACUGCAUCACAUUUAACACCCGGGAGUCCAGCAAAACACUUGGGAGCAGUGUGAAGUGGGUCAGGAGAAGGAAGGAGAAUGAUUUAAUCCAUGUGGGGAAUCUUCCUGAUUUUCCACUCUAAGACUUUGCCCUGGGGUGAGCCUCAUUCAAAAAAGGGAAACAAAGAAAGGUCGGAGGGUGGGGAGGCUCACAUGGCCUCAGUUUCCGCUCUCUCCUGGGUGAACAUCUCUCAGUUCUACGUAAUCCUGGUGUUUAAGUACAUUUUCCAACAUACAGAAAUGUUGCAAGAAUUGUGAGCACUCACACCUCCAUCACCUAGAUUCUACAAUUGACGUUUAAGUGUAUAGAUAUGGAUGGUUUUUUAAUAUGAGCCCCAGAUAACUUCAUCUAGCAUUCAACCAAAGAAAAAGUGGCCAAGAGUCAUUUUGACCAUAUGUGAUUUUAAAUUGCUAUUAAACAGUACUAAAGAAAAGUAAUACUAAGACAAAACGCUGCUUAAUGCAUUUUUUGCCUCAUGUGCAAACCUGAACCCCCACCACCACCACCCCCAUGACAGUGCCUGGUUCCCAGGAGACACCCAGGAUCCACAGAGUAUCACGGAGGUCCCAUAACCCUGCACUCCUUUUUCUCUUUUCCUUUUCUCAGGUAACCCAAUAUUUACUGGACCAAUCUUUUGUAAUGGAUGAAGAAAGCCUCUACGAGUCUUCUCUCCGAAUUGAACCAAAACUCCCCACCUGAAGCUGCAGCCGGCCCAGACCCAGCCGCCCCCAUGGACACGUGCUACACGAUAUUGUACAUACUCGUUUGGUUUCUCUGGAUUUUCUUCUUUAGUAUGUGCUUCUCCAAGAAUACAGAUCCGUUCUUGUUCUUAGAUUCCUGUAGAACCAGAAUAUGAAUUUCUGCACCAUUUAAGACUUGGCCCAUCCACCCCGCUCCCCCCUCGUCUCCUGCAGUGCCUGUUUCUUUUCAACACCUGUCCUCUUAGUCUGUCCUUCCCAGCCCCUCCCUCUUCUCAGAAGGGAAAACAGAACCCGCGCAUACACGAAUCUUAGGCACCAGUCCUGCUUCUGUCCGUCCCCAGCCCAGAUCCCUGGGUUGAGUUGGCCACCCAACAUCCUCCUGGCAUGUUCCAUGUAGUUGUUCUAACUGGGUGGGGGGUGGGGGGAGGCGGGAGGGGGAACUCUACCCUGAAGUCCAGUCAUCGACAAAUCUUCCCGCUGAUGGUGAUGCCAAUUUCCAAAGCAGCUUUUUCAGCCAAACUCCGCAGGUCUCAAAGCUCCCCCGUCUCCCAGCGACCUGGGGGGAAGGGAGUCCUGUCUGCUGAGAACCACGCCCCGCGACACCAACGCCACCACCUCGUUCAGGCCCCACGUCACUCCUCGCUCUAGGAAUAACACCAGGUAGCAUGAAUAGCCGUCUCCAUCACACUGGAUGAGGCCCUGGAACUUCCCGAGGAAAACGGAAUCACAACACAAAGUCGCGCCGACUUCGGCCGACCGCUGCCCAGCACUCACUGCAAGUCGGGAACACCAAAAAAUGUCACUUUUCCUCUUUGAGCCGCCUAACGGUCACUACAAGCUUACAUUGAGAUGCUCCAAGUCUGUAUGCCUUGUGACAAUAGUACCACACUGUAGAUUUAGGAAAUCAAUAACCAAGUGUUUUUAUUGCAUAUACUGUAGUCCUGUCUAAACGCCUUCUAGCAGGAAUAUAGUACCGUAGUGCUUAUUCUGUGAAUAUUACCAUCUAUUUUUUACAUUGUACAGUAUAGAGAACACAGGUUAACUCUGAAGUGGCAGGCAUGCUCCACUCCAACAAACAGACAACUUUUGCUGUAAGCAAUACCUAGUGGUAUGAGAAUUCUAUUUCAAGUCCUACAAUAUUUCAACUUACAGCUUGUUUGGAAAAAAAAAUUUCCAUUUUUGUAAAAAUAUAUGUUUCCUGAUUACCUCUUGCUAAUAAAUCUAUUCUAUCUCAGGGUGAA